UAUGAACCUAGAGGCCGAAUGCCCGUCCAAAAUAAUCCAACUGCCCAUGUUAAAACCAUCAUAAAAACAUAUGAACGGCCUAGAUUAGCCUCCGCUUCCACGUAACUUAAAUAAUAAAAACCGCGACCCGCAUAAGAUUUCAGACGCCCUACCCAGCCCUCUCGUUUCCCCUUCUCUCCGUUUCGCUCCUUUCUAAAAUCUUCUCAAAAUUUCCAACAUAAAUCAGUCCAAAUUGUUGAAUCAAGUACGCUUUACAAAACGACACCGUCUUCUCCUUCUACCGUUUUAGUUUGUAUACUGUACGUUAGAGUUUCCGUGCUGGAAUGGGAGAUAGUGAAGCAGUAGUUGCUGACUCAUCAGCAAUGAUGGAUUAUACAUCAGCAGCUUACAAUUCUACUGGUUCUGGUGCUUACCCCUCUGAAGCUAGUGGAGAUCCUAUUGUUUCUAGUGCACCAGCAAACGGAACAUAUGCUGCAGCUGGUGUUGACCCUAAUUCUGCUGGUCAAGAGGGUCAAAUCAGUGCAAUGUAUGACAGUAAGCCAGCUGGUGGACCAACCAAUGAGAAUGCUACCGCAGCUGGAAACACAGCAGCAAAUGCAUCUAAAGUUGCUGGUUAUAAUUCUUCUCUAAAUGGCAAUGUUGUCAAUGAAGCAGGGAAUGCCACAACAGUUGAGAAUGGAAAUGUUUUUGAUAAUGUGGGUCGAGCUUCUGCUUUAGCAGAGUUUGUGGAUGGUUCCGUGCCACCUAUGUCUGGUGAAGAGGAUCGUUUGUGGAGUAUUGUGAGAGCUAAUUCUUUGGAUUUUAAUGUUUGGACUACAUUGAUUGAAGAGACAGAGAAAGUUGCAGAGAACAAUAUACUGAAAAUCCGAAAGGUUUAUGAUGCUUUCUUGGCUGAGUUCCCUUUGUGUUAUGGUUAUUGGAAAAAGUAUGCGGAUCAUGAAGCGCGCAUAGGCUCAAUGGAUAAAGUUGUGGAGGUUUAUGAAAGAGCAGUUCAGGGAGUGACGUAUUCUGUGGACAUCUGGGUGCUAUAUUGUGCAUUUGCCAUAGAAACAUAUGGAGAUCCAGAAACCAUCCGAAGGCUUUUUGAACGAGGAUUAGCAUAUGUUGGAACUGAUUAUCUAUCUUUCCCUCUUUGGGAUAAAUACAUUGAAUAUGAAUACAUGCACCAGGAGUGGAGUCGCCUUGCUGUUAUUUAUACUAGAAUAUUGGAGAACCCUAGUCAACAGCUAGAGAGGUAUUUCAACAGUUUUAAAGAGUUGGCUGGAAGUCGACCUUUGUCAGAAUUAAGGACUGCUGAGGAAGCUGUUGUCAAUGGAUCAGCUGUAGUUUCAGAGGCUGAUGGGCAAGUAAAUGAAAGGGAGGUACAUCCUGAUGCUGUAGAACAAACUCCAAAGCCUGUAAGUGCUGGCUCAACAGAAGCAGAAGAGUUGGAGAAGUAUGUUGCUGUUAGAGAAGAGCUAUAUAAGAAAGCUAAAGAGUUUGAUUCUAAGAUCCUAGGUUUUGAAACAGCUAUUAGAAGGCCUUACUUUCAUGUGCGGCCCCUCAAUGUUGCUGAGCUUGAAAAUUGGCAUAACUACCUGGACUUUAUAGAAAGGGAGGGUGACUUCAAUAAGGUGGUCAAAUUAUAUGAAAGGUGCCUAAUAGCCUGUGCCAAUUAUCCUGAGUACUGGAUACGAUAUGUUUUAUGUAUGGAAGCCAGUGGAAGCAUGGAUCUUGCUGAUAAUGCACUUGCACGUGCUACACAAGUCUUUGUCAAGAGGCAACCAGAGAUCCAUCUUUUUGCUGCUCGAUUCAAGGAGCAGAAUGGGGACAUACCAGGUGCUCGAGCUGCGUAUCAACUUGUUCACAGUGAAAUUUCUCCCGGUCUACUUGAAGCAAUUAUUAAGCAUGCAAAUAUGGAAUCCCGUCUGGGGAAACUCGAAGAUGCCUUCUUUUUAUACGAGCAAGCCAUUGCCAUUGAAAAAGGCAAAGAGCAUUCUCAAACAUUACCCAUGCUGUAUGCACAGUACUCUAGAUUUUCAUACUUGGUUUCUGGAAAUUCAGAGAAGGCUAGGGAAAUUCUAACUGGAGCACUUGAACAAGUCCAACUGUCUAAACCAUUCCUUGAGGCAUUAAUACAUUUUGAAACAAUUUUGCCACCACCAAGGCAGAUUGAUUAUUUAGAAUCAUUGGUUGACAAGUUUAUAGGCCCGAACUCAGAUGGCAGUGCAGCAGACAGGGAAGAUCUAUCUAGCAUAUUUUUGGAGUUCUUGAAUCUCUUUGGGGAUGUACAGUCUAUUAAAAAGGCAGAAGAUCGGCAUGCUAAGCUCUUCUUAGCUCAUAGGCCCAUGUCAGAAUUAAGAAAACGUCAUGCAGAAGAUUUUUUGGCUUCAGAAAAGACAAAGCUGGCAAAAUCUUACUCUGGUGCCCCUUCACCUGGCCAGUCAUUGAUGGGUGCCUAUCCAAAUGCACAAAACCAGUGGCCAGCUGGUUAUAGUGCACAGCCUCAAACUUGGCCGUCUACUACACAGGCACAACCAUGGACUCCUGGCUACAGCCAACAGGCUGCAUAUGGUGCAUUUGGUAGUUAUGGUAGCAAUUAUGCCACUCCACAAGUACCCACAUCAGUUCCACAAAGUGCCAGUUAUGGUGCUUAUCCCGCUACAUAUCCUGUUCAGACCUUUCCUCAACAAAGUUAUGCCCAACCAACUGCCGCCACAACGUUAACCCCAGCUCAGCAACCUACUGCAGCAGUUCCUCAGACUUAUUAUGGGACUUACUACUGAGAUGGCAAUAACACAGUUAUCCAUUUUCUUUGAUGUCUCUAUUUUUGUCUUGUUGUCCAUCUGUAUGCUUAACCUAACCUGUUCUUGCUGUUACUAGCAUGAGAUGGCUUAGCAGUUAGCCAAGGUGGACAUUUUUGGGUUUUUGGGGGGUGGGGAUUAGAUGUUUAGGAUAGUAAUCUGUUUUAGUUGACAAUGGUAAAAUUGCGCUUUAGGUGGUAUUAUUGUGUCUUUUUCUCUUCCAGUUUUAGAUUAUUUUUGUGAAACUUGCACAAAUGUUAGUAAUUUAUGUGAUCGGUAGUUGAGUUCUGAAUUGGACAGACCUAAUGACGUAGCCGAAGGCUGAUUGGUUUAAGCCUUUGAGCAACUUCUUAUGAAAUUGGAUGCCCCAGAAAAUGGAAAUGAUAGUUUAUUUUAUGUGACCAGCAGCUGAGUCGCACAGUCACAAUCACAGCUGCCUGCCUCAACAAGCAAAUACAGAAUAUAUACGUGUGACUGCACAACGAUUGUGAUCUCAUCCAUCAUCCUGAUCCAUCCACCCCUUUACAUCCUUUGCUUUAUGGUUGUUCUGUAAACGAGAGUUCUAUAAUUCCAAUUCCAAUAUCCAAUCUGUUGUGGCUUGUUACGGAUGGUAUCCGAUUGCUUACAUUGGCAAAGAACAAAUCACAUACGACACCAGAUAUAGCUGACAGAUUUCAGUUUGCUUGCACCCUGGGGCAAGGAGCAGAAACAUGUUUGUAUGACACCCUUUUCCUUUCCCAUUUGUCAUCAUAACAUAGCCUGCCGUUGCUAUUCUGUAUAUACUAUCUGUAGGAGUAACUACAUAUGAAAGGCAAG